AAUUGUUUUCCAGGAUGGUAAUCAGUGACUGCACUUGGCAAGGUUGGCAUUAAAAUCAUAGUUCAUUGCUCUGGGUAUGUUAUAAAUUUGUUUGCUGGAUGUUUAAUGUAGCUCUUUAGUUUUAUGAAAUAGGGUAUUCAAGAACACCUUGUCGGACCUAGAGAAACUGCAGGGGGAAUGGAUACCCAUGAGAGGAUCAGGGGACAGAGGUAGCACCUCGGGCUCGGAUUACUUUCGCCCAUCCUCCUGGUUAAUGCAUAUUUGCGCGUAUUCGCGCCUGGACCGCGGCUCGCAUGCAACAAGGCUCAACGAGCGAGGCAUACGCAACGGUAAUUAGAUAAUAGGAACGAGCCGUUCGGGAAGGACGGUUUUCUCCCAGUUGGUCAUAGAGUGCUCGGCCGAGCGCUGAGUCUUCGUCGUUGACGAGGAUCCAAAAACCGUUCUUCAAGAUGCACCGCUCAACUCUUGGUAGCUUGGUGCUGCUCGCCAUUGUGAUCAUCAGCGACGUCCUUGCCAGGAAAGAUUACGAGGGACCAACAGUGAACACAAGGUUCGGACCUGUUCGAGGGAGACUCAUGUUGUCUGCAAGGAGGAACCUGCUGAGUGCUUUCCUCGGCAUCCCAUACGCGCAGCCCCCCAUUGGGGAGUUGAGGUUUCAGAGCCCUCAACCAUGGAACGGAACAUGGACAGAGCCGAGAGACGCCACGGUCGACGGUUUCCAAUGUGCCCAGAUCCUGAAGAGUCGCAUCAUUGUUGGGAAUGAGGACUGCCUCUUUCUGAAUAUCUUCGUGCCCCAUAAGAUGCUGGGGUACGACGACAGGCUAGAAGGAGGGUCCAGGAAGAUGCCGGUGAUAGUGUUCGUGCACGGGGGUGCGUUCACGAAUGGCAACAGCUUCAGCUGGGUUUAUGCUCCGGAUUACCUGCUGGACCAGGAAGUUGUCCUGGUGACCAUCAAUUACCGCGUGGGAGUCCUGGGAUUUUUUAGUACCGGAGAUCAGAAUGCUCCUGGGAAUUACGGUUUAAAGGACAUCUGGAUGGCUCUGGUCUGGAUCAACGAAAACAUCGUGAAUUUCGGAGGGGACCCGAAUUUGGUGACCCUGAUGGGCCAAGAGGCAGGAGCCGCUGCGGUGCACCUGCUCUCCUUGUCCUCCAAGACUGAAGGCCUCUUUCAAAGGAUCAUCACCCAGAGUGGCUCGGCAUUGGCACCCUGGGCCUUCCACUCCAAGGAGAACAUCAGAAAUGUGUCCCUGGAGCUCGCCAGGCUCUGCAAUUGUUACAUCGAGAGGCAGAAUCCUGAGACGACGAUGAACUGUCUCAGGGACACCAACCUGACGUGCAUCGUGAACAUGUCCACCUUCUACACCGUGUGGGACGACAAUCCUUGGUUCGUCUUUGGUCCCACCGAAGAGCUCGAAUCCGACGAGGCGAUUAUUACGAGGCACCCCCUGCUGCAAAUCCAGCGAGGACUCUUCAGGGACAUCCCCUGGAUCAUCGGCAUCACUGCUGAUGAGGGACUCGUCAAGACCAUAAAUAUCAUCACCAACCAAACGAUGAAGGCAGAAUUGUUAAACGACCCUGAGUACAUUCUGCCUUACCUUUUGGAAUACGAGCAAGUGGUCUCAAACGUUAGUCAGUUCGUCCAGACGCUGAUGGAGUUCUACUUCGAGCACAACCCGUUGGACUACAAUGACAUAUUAUUUCGACAACACAACAUUACGGAGAUGGUGAACGACGCCAUGAUGCGAUGGCCUUUAUACCAGACCCUGAGGAUGCAAGCCGACCAGAUGACGUCCGACGUUUUUUACUACCUUUUCUCAUUCGAGGGCACUUUUUCCGUGAGUUUUGCCCACGGAGUAGAACGAUACGGAAUAGCUAACUCGGACGAUCUGAACUACAUUUUCCCCGUCUUCAACAACAUCUUCAGGGACCUCGACCUGGAGAACAUGGUGGAGGACUGGACCAUGAUACACGUGAUGACCGAGUUCUGGACGAGUUUCGCUAGAGAUGGGAUUCCCCGCGCGAACCUGCUGUCGGACUGGGAGCCCUACCAGCGAAAUCACAGAUUCAUGAGGAUCGGCUUCGGGAACUCGCCGGAAAUUUCAAUGGAGCCCGAUCUCCUGCACGAGAGGAUGAUCUUCUGGAAACAGCUGAUGGCCAACGUGUCCCUGCCGAUACCGAUUCGUCCUGACGAGCCGAACGAGGAGUUUCGUCCGAUCAUAUCAGCAGCUGACUUAAUUCAAGGCAUCCCUCCGGUCGUCCUAGCGUUUCUGACAAUAAUCCCAAUUUGUCUUCGAGAGCCAAAAUGGCACCCAACAAAUGUACUCCACUCUCUUCGAGCCUGAGAAAAUUAUUCUCGAGACAUGUCCGGAAAUUUCAAAGAAGUCCAAGAGCAAGGGGCUGUUCACUGGGAGACUAGCGAAAACGAGUUUUUUCUUUGAAAACCGAUUGCCUACGAUUUUAUAUGAUAAAAGACAACGCGAUUCGAUAACAAAUGACGUUCAGUCAUAAAAUUGUGACAAUUUUUCGGUGAUUUCGGGCAUUAAAGUCCAUCAUUUCCGGAGUAAAUAGCCCCUUGUCCAAGAAAAGGUACACGAAGAAGUGCCCGAAUAGAAUGGAAAAGCAUAUAAAUACAUAUAUUUUGUACAUAGUAGGGUACUAAAUACUUGUUUUGUAUAAACGUGGAUGUAUACAUAAAAGAGGAGGUGGUUCCCUGAA